CUGCAGUCCGUGUCAGUAUCUAAUUGAAAAUUUUGGACUUAAUUCAGUUAAAAAGCGAAGAUGAACUACGACAUUCAGUGAAAUUGUAAGGGAACGAGAUACGAGAUAAAGUAUGGAAGAGGUUAUUGAAUAGUUGUUAAUAGAAGCAAAUUCCACAGCAGGCGUAUACAAGAUGUAACCAGAUGUAACACAUCUACCCAUCACGAUCUCGUUAGCCAGCCAUCAAAAAGGCAGAAUGACCAUCGGCAUUGGCUUUUAAAACAAACUGCAGAACAAGAACACACACACCCAAAAAUGUUUCGAGUUUCUCACGACGCGAAUAUCCUAUUUACUUGCUUGGAUAUCGCAACAGGAUUUACGCCAUGUUUUUUCCUCCUCUUCAUUCUUUGUUAGACUAAUGACAACCAGUCCAGUUCGUCCUCCGUCCUUGGUCGCCAAGUCGUGAGCGUAUAGUUUGAGAUUCCGCUAUCAGUACACAUUCUGUGUUUCUACGCAAUGAGGUCCUUUGUCUUAACUCUUUUCAUCUUUGGGCAUGUUUUGGCCGGACAGUUGAAUAUCUCUUGCCUCACGGAACUGAUUAAUGCUGACAAAGUGAAACACAACGAGCAAUUCGGGACUGUUGCAGUCCAGCACAAAAUAACGAACGUACCGGAUUCCAGCAUUCGCAUUCUGCGGGAAUUAUUGGCGAUCGCAGGUGCCGGAGACCAGGAUCAAGAACCAUCAUCAUCUUCAUCCGUCUUCGUGUCAACUCUACCGGAAAAUUCAGUACACGCACUGAAGUCGCUACCUCAACCAUUUUCACCGGGAAUAUCGUCAAUACAUCCGACAACGUUCAAUCCAGCCACAACAACUGUUUCCUCUCCGCCAAAAAUCGCCUUGGUGGAAGGAAAUGUACCGGUGACAAUUCCGGCUAUCAUCACCCCGGUCGAAACAUAUUCGAUUCCUCAUGCGCGUUCCGUCAAUUCCAAUCCGCUUGCUCUUACCUACCCACCUAGCCGGAAUGACGGACCAGCCACUGACGAUCCAGUGGACACAAAUAAGUCACUGAUGCCUCAAUCAUCUACCCUCCAAAUGGCUCAGAUUAUUUCGCUGGAUGUCGACUGUGCCAAAGAAUCGAUGCUCGUCAAAAUCAAAUUCGAUCGCCCUUUUAAUGGCCUUAUCUACUCCAAGGGUUUCCAUAGCAACUUGGAUUGCCAUCACGUCCGGUACGGAACCAACCGCGACUUUUAUGAAUUUACAAUCCGGCUGGACACUUGCGGAUCCCACUGGGUGGAUGCCUUGACCAGUGGUAAAAAGGCUUACCUUGAAAAUGUCAUCAUCAUCCAAAAUCAGAAGGGCAUUCAAGAAAUUCGGGACAUUUCUCGUUCAAUUUGUUGCUUCUGGGAAGGUUUGCUGAACAAGACCGUUUCUUAUGCCUUCAACAUCGAUAUGCUGGACACCAAAAAUGUCAGUUUCAGCGGCGAUUCGGCCACGGCCAGCAUGGACGUCCAAACCGGAAAAGGACCCAACGCUCCAAGUGUCAACGGAUUGGUGAAGAUUGGCGAUAUUUUGACGAUGGUCGUCGCCAUCGAAGGAGACCCAGGCUUUGAUUUCCGUGUUCAGGAAUGUAUCGCUCACGAUGGAAAUAGAGCCAACGCCGUGACACUGUCAGACAAGAACGGCUGUGUCGUCAUGAACAAACUGAUGGGACCGUGGCAGAAAACUACGCGGACCGACCGCUCCGGAGUGUCUCUCUUAUCUUUCGCCUUCUUCCAGGCCUUCAAAUUCCCCGACCAGAUGGAAGUCUUCCUCGAAUGCAACGUCGAAUUGUGCAAAAAUGGAUGCGACGUCUGCCCCCAAGACGCUAAUCUUUUUGACAUAAGCAGUCGCAAACGUCGAAGUGUCAACUCUUCGGCGUCAGAAAUUUCGGACGUCCGUCUGCGUCGAUCGCUUCGUGUCAUUUCCAGCGACGAUAUCGCCUUCAAGCCGGAUUCCCAUUCAGUCGUGACACUCACCACACCUGACAAUCAUCAAACGACUGACGAAGAAGAAAUUUGCAUGCCGCUGAUUAACUUUAUCAGUGGCCUGGUAGUCAUUCUCAUUGCCUUGGUGAUGUCGUGCAUCAUAACGGCAUUGCUCUGCGUGAAAAUUCGUUCGAUCGCUCUGGGAGCGGAGAACAUCUACCCGUUAAGUUCGACUUUCCAUUCUUUUUCGUCAUCUGCUUUCAAGCCAUAAAUCUUUUUUUCUUAAUCUGAAAUUUUGGAACGCCGGAUUCGCUCCAUUGAAUGAUAAAGCUUAUACGUAAUUGGACUAUAGUUUCGGUUGUAGCUAUUGAUUCUAUAUUGAAUAUACAGAGGACUGCA